GUGUUGUCACCGUCAUAUCUUACUUAUUUUUGUUUAUGUUUGGAUUAGACAAAAUAAUGUUAUGACCAACUCGGGAUUUUUCCAUGUUUUAUCGGCUACAUUCUUUAUAAAAUGUAACGGAUCGUAGAAAAUAUUAUGGAAUAAACAAUAAAAGACAAUGGCCAACAUGGCAACAACACUAAACACUACUCCUUUGCUGCAAGAAUCUGAUUCUGACAAUGAAAAUGAUAUGCAAGUUACACAAGAUGCCACUUCUAGUGAUAACAGGCCACUUUUCAAGCCUUUGGAGCCAAAGGAUAAAUAUUAUGCAGCGUUUUUAAUUUUUUAUUUACUAGGAAUAGUAACUUUGUUGCCAUGGAACUUCUAUGUGACAGCUAAUGAUUAUUGGAUGUACAAAUUUAGGAAUGCAAGUGACAACUCAAGUAUUACUGCUGCCAAGAGGACACCUUUGCAAACUGAGUUUACCUCGUACUUAAACCUUGCAUCAUCACUACCCAAUCUGAUAUUUGUAGUAUUAAAUACAGCUAUAAGUCACAGGAUAUCAGUGAAAAAGAGGAUAAUAUGGUCCUUAUUAUUUCUCCAAGUUUUUAUGAUAAUAACACUGCUGUUUGUUAACAUCGAUACUGAUGAAUGGCAACAACUAUUUUUUGGUUUAACACUGGUAUGUGUGAUUUUACUCGCUGUCUGUAGUGCAGUUUUCUCUGGAAGCAUUUUUGGCUUAGUAGGAAAAUUCUCACCAAUAUAUAUCACAGCAGUAACAGGAGGCCAAGCCCUAGGUGGAAUUUUUGCAGCUAUUGCACAGAUUGCUGCAUUGAGUAUAGGAGCCUCAUCAACUCACACAGCUCUGGUUUACUUCAUCAUAGGGAAUUUAACGAUAACUCUGUCUAUAGUGAGUUAUGUCAUCCUGGAAAAGAUGGUGUUUUUCAAAUAUUACACGUCAAAUCCAGAUAUCCAAGUGGAAAUGAAUGAUCUCAUGUCAUCUCAAGAAAUAUCUUAUAAAAUUAUACUCAGGAAAAUGUGGUGCUAUGGAUUGGUGGUAUUUUUAACAUUCCUGUUUACAUUGGCAGUAUAUCCCGGGAUUACAGUACUGGUUGAGUCUGAAGGCAAAGGUCGAGGUUCCAAGUGGAAUGAUGUUUAUUUUGUUCCUACUGUUGCGUAUCUUCUCUUUAGUGUUGGAGACUAUCUAGGUAGGAUCAUUGCUGGAAGAAUUAUGAAGCCCCGGAACAUUACUAUCCUUGUGAUAAUCAGUAUAGCUAGAUUUAUCUUCAUUCCUUUAAUACUGCUUUGUAAUGUGCAACCAAGACGUUAUACUGCAGUUGUUUUCGACCAAGAUUAUCAGUAUAUUUUAAUCCUGUUGUUAUUUGCGUUAAGCAAUGGAUACUUGACAAAUAUCUCUACAAUAUUUGUAACGAAAGUUGUGGAGGAUCACGAAAAGGAAAUAGCAUCAUCAGCAAUUACUAUCUUUUUAGUAUUAGGCUUAACAGUUGGAUCAGCACUGAGUCUUGUUAUUGUCAGGUUGAUUUAAGUUUUAUACAAGAAAAUUUCUAUGACAUGGUAAAAAAAUAUAGCUAAUUGUUUAUAAUUAAUAUACACAAAUAUAUCUGGGAUAUAUGGUAAUGUGCAUUUUAACCAUAUAGUCAUUCCACUGUGAACUUUGUAAGAAUCUCUUUUAUGUCUAGUCAUAUUUACACAUUACACUAGUGAACUUUUCAUUGUGUGACGUACUAAUUGUAUCGAGACAAAAUGUAUUCUGAAAAUGUACAUAAUAGGUAAAUAAAUAGGAUGCUAAACGA